CCAUCUCUAUAUUGUUUUAAUUAUGUAGGCGCAGCACUGCAUCGCUGUUUGCUCACGAGUUUUAAGUAUAAUUUGCUCAAUUUUUUAAUUUAGUUAAGCUAAUCUCAAGUGCGGACCUCUAAUUGCUCAAUCGCGUACUGCACUAACAACGGCAAAGCGCAGUUAAACUAGAAAACAAGGCUGUUUUUGUUUCCAUAUUUUGUGAGGACGCGGCGCUGCACUGAAAGUGACGCUAUGCGACCGCAUUUUUGAGCGACAAACGAAAAGGCAUUGCCGCAUAUAACGGGCCUGGUUUGUUUUUACGACGUUGCAAAGUCACAACAACAACAACAAAAACAACAAGAAGACUGGGUACAAAGACGGCCAGCAAUCACAAAGGUGUCUUUAGGAUUCUCACGAUAAUAAUCGAAUAACCCGCACCACCAAUCAACCCACCAACGAAGCCGAAGUACCCAACCAACCACUGGCGAUGCAAUUGAAAGCGCCCAAGAGCAGAAAUAUGGCCAGUCUUAAAGAUGAGGAACAGGCGGCGACCACUAGCAACUCCACUACCAUCACAAACAACAACCAUUUGAAUAAUUUAAACAACAACCAUAGCAGCAGCAACCAUAACAACAACAACAACAACAAUGAGGAUGAUCCAAAAGUCAAGAAGGAGAAUCUGGAGGCCAGGAAACAGGCACUGGAGCAGCGUCUGAGCGAGAAGAGCUGGCUGCUGCAGCAAAUCCAGAAGCAGGAGACGGCCAUUAUAAAUGGCAACUACGAGCACAUGUCCAUCAAUGAGUUCUUCGCUCAGUUGGCCCAGCAGUACAAGCACGAACAGCAGCUGCAGUCCCUGGCGAGGGAAAAUAGCUCCAUUCUGAGGAGGAAACAGAGCACCACCAGCCGGGAGAGCAGGGAAAGUCAGAUGACCAACAACAACAACAACAAUCGGCAAUCGGAAACGCUGUCGAAUCGGAGUUCGGAGUACGACAACUACCAGCCAGCGCCAUCGGCUGGAGCGGGCGAUAUGCUGGUUAUAGGCGUGGCCCAGCAGAUGGCCCAACAGCAGCCGCCCCUGGUGAAGAGCGCCCUGAAGAAGCGACCCACACCCACGCCCAGUCAAAUGCAAUUUAUGCGCCAGCAACACCAGCAACACCAGCAGCAGCAGCAGCAGUCUCAUCUCAUGAUGAACAUGAACUACCAGAGAUCGCAGCCGGAUGUAAUAUCCAUGUACUCGGCAAACUCCUCCAACGUGGCCACCCUGCGGCAACCGCCACAAGUGGCCCCCCAACAGCAGCUGAUCACGGUCCAGUGCGACAAAUACUAUCUAUCGCCCACGCAUCAGAGCUACAACGAGGGCGGGUUCAUUACAUCCAGUCAGAAUAUCAAGAAGUAUGUCUCGCCGCUGGCUUCGCCCAGCAAUCUCAGCUACGAACAGCAGCAGAGGAACCCCAUGCAUCAUCAAAGGCAACUUGAUGCUAUAUCCCUGGCCCCCAGCUACGUUUCUGUGGACAUGGAAGCUGCCCAACAGCAGUACCGCUGGCGCUCCCAAUCCCACAUAGCCCCCCUCACGCCUCCGCAGCUGGGAAUCAUAGAUGCCAAGUCACACUCCAGCGAUAUGCUGGCUGCCAGUCGCUAUGCCCCUCAUGAUGAGAUCUCUCUGUCCUCCUCCUCCACCACCAUCGAGAAGAAGGCCAAGCCCAAGCAGUGGCUGGAGUCCUCGUUGGAUGGGCCGGCGGUGAUAAGGCAAAUGGACUCCCAGCCGCACAGUCCAGCUGGCAGCAACAGCAGUAGCGGCAACCAGGCAGGUGCCAUGGCCUCCGGCAAACCCAGGGCCAAGCUCUCCUCCCAAUCCAUGUCGGUGUCCGGCAGGCACUACUCCAUGUCCAAUCAGCGCUCUGCCCAGAACUAUCCCAGUGCCAGUUACGCGGUGAACACAAGUUCCAAAGCCGUACUGAGCCAGUCCACCUCUUAUCUGAAUGCCAUGGAGCAGACGAUGGGCAUAUCGGCGUCAUAUCCACUGGAACCCCUGGACAUACCACCAUUUAGGAACCUACCACCGAAACCGAGUCAGAUGCAACAGCCGACGCCGCCGCCCAGACCUCCGCCCGCAACUCAGAGCCAGAACCAGAGUUCAAACCUGAAUCUGAGCCAGAUAGGAGGUGGGAUGUCGCAUGGGGCUAAUGCCGUGCAAAUUGCUCUGGUGUCGCCACCUCUGACUGUGGCCACCGCCAGCUUAUCGCCAGAUAUUCGCAUCGAGUCGCCGAAGAACAUGACCGUGGUGCAGCAGGCCACCUUCCAGCCGUACAAGGAGGUGACCAAGCCCUUCGAGAUGUCCGACUUCUACAAGUAUUCCACCAAGUUCAAGCAGAAGGAGGGCGGCAACCCCAACUGACCUAUAAGGCGGCGCGGGAACUAACAAACCUUCAACCGUUUCAUGUGAUUAACUAAAAUAUCUUUGUAGACUACAAGACUUUGUAGAAGCUACAAAACAAAAACUUUACAAAUAUCUUUUAACGAAUUAGAGACUUAAGAUUUAACUAAAUUUUUGACACAGAAAUGCUCAUUGAAAAUAUUGCCAAAAUUUGUAUGACUUUUGACCAUUUGUACAUUGAAACUUUUUAACUUUUAUAAUUAAUUUUAUAAUUUAAUGGAAGAACGAAUCAGGACAAUACUAUUCCAAAACGGGAAUACAAAAUCGCCUUAUGGCAGGAUGCCUACAAAGUAUGGAAAUACUUUAUAAAUCUAAAGCAUUUACAUAAAAUAACUAACCAUAGACAAGCCACAAAACUGACUAGCAAUUGUUACAGAGUGUAUAAGCUAUGAUAUUUACACUAAUCUAAGGAUAUUUUUAUACAAUUAUACAGAUACUUUUGUAUGCGAGUGGAGACUAAUUAUUGACAAGCAAUAACAACUACAAAUAA